GGGCGGGCGAGGCGGCUGCCCCGUGCCGUUGUGGCGAAGUCUCCGGCGGCCGACCCUUGACCCGGUGACGUCACGGGCGCCCGGCCGCCCUCUUGUCUCGCCGUGGCGUGCGCGCCUCGGUCUCUACACCAACCACCUCUUCUCUCCUCCUCCUCUCCUCUCUCUUCCGUCUAAGGGCGAGUCGCUAGCGACUCAACGGACGAGGAGGAGGGUAGCCACUCUUUGAGUUGCCUCGGGCCCACCCGGGUGCCCGCAAGUGGACGCGGGAGUCUCGGCCGAGAGGGGGCGCUAUCUGGGCGAGCGAUGGCGGCGUGCGCGGUGGAGGCAAACCCGCGCGGGGACUUCCCGGCGUGGCUGGCUGCACGCGGCAUGAAGCCCACGUUCGCCGACGCCAUGGAGCGCGAGCUGGGCAUCAGCGACUACGAGGAGCUGCUGGCGUGCGCCGAGGACGCGCAGGUGACGGCCGAGCUGCUGGGCGCCGCCCGCGACCGCCUGCCCUUCGCCUUCUACGCCGUGCUGCGCCGCCUCGUGCUCGCGCUGGCGCCGAAGCGGCGGCGCGGGCGGCGCCGGCGGGGGACGAUCCCGGUCGCCGGCGACAGCGACGACGAGGGAGAGGAGCGGCGAGGGUCCUUGGACGAAGACGACGAGGACGCGGGGGCGUGCGGUCCCCGCUGCGAGGGGGCGCUGGCGAGCCGCGCCGUUCUCGGCAGCCUCCUGGACGCCAUCGUGGCAACGCUGAGCUCGCUGAGUCGCGAGCUGCUGCAGUCGGCGCAGCGGUUCCGCUGCCUGGAGCCGGCGCUCGGAGCGAUCGGCGUGGAGGCCGUCGAGGGGCCGGCGGCUCCCUCGGUGGUGGAAGGGGGAGAGCAGGACAGCGAGCCGGUGGAGACUUACCAAUCGGUGGAGGAGCAGGGAGGAUGGGCCGAGAUGAGCACCGACAACAUCAAGCAGGAGUCGGAGGCAGGCGCGGAGGCCAAGUGCGAUCUCAAGGGCUCGCAGGCUGGGGAGCCGGUCGGCGAGUGGGACCCAGCCGACUGCUACGAGGAGGAGACGGCGCACGGAUGGGCCAGCCUCAAAGCCGAGCAGGACACGGCCUGCGGUGGCGAGAUGACCGACAUGGAGUCCGGUGCUGAGCCGGCCAUACUCAUGGAUUCGGUGGUCACUGGUGAGAACUGCUACGAGUACCAGGAGGGGCAGCUCCACACCGAAAACCCCGACUUCGACCGUAAUCACUUCGCCGCCGCCGUUGACGCCGCCUCCGUUGGCCAUCACCAGCAGGCCGGCACGGCGGUGGCGGUGGGGUCCGCUCGUCCUAUCCGGCCCCACCAGCACCAACAUUACGGCACCCCGGCGGGACUGGCAAGAGAACCCAAAACCCGUGAUGGAUCCGCUUGGAACGGCGCCACGAUCAUCACCCGGCUGCAGAAGCACGAGCAAGCGGUGACGGGCGCCUCGCAGGAAUCGCCGUUUCCACCGACGGGAUCCGGCUACCGGAUCACCGUGGCGCAGCCGGCGCGGUUCAGGAGCGCCGGUCGGCGCGGCAGCGACGGUAACGGCGGCAUCGGUUCGUCCGGCUCGUCGGCCGGGCCGGCCCCGCCCCGGCCGUUCUGCUGCGAGGUUUGCGGCAAGAGCUUCCUGCAGCAGGGCUCGCUGCAGAUCCACCGGCGCCGGCACACGGGCGAGCGGCCGUACGCCUGCGCCGACUGCGGCCGCCGCUUCUCGGUGUUUUGCAACCUGACACGGCACCGCAAGACGCACACGGGCGAGAAACCGUACGCCUGCCACGCGUGCGGCAAGGGAUUCAUCCAGCUCAUACACCUCAACAAGCACCGCUGCAGCUGCGUGCUCAUCUCCUGACGCAACGUCACCGCCGCCUCGUCCGCACCAUUACACGCCCCGCGGGUGUUGCGUAGUUUUCACAGAAGUAGUUGAAGUAGGAAUGGUUCACGUGUGAUUUUUGGGUUGGGCCACCGAAUUAGCUGACCGCGGCGGUAUCGCGACGAAGCUUCCACCACUCGACGCAUUAAGUUGUCGCGCAUGCCAGCUCUCGACAGCGUGCCGAUCGCUCUUGUUUCACCUCGCUGGUGAGUUCCAGAGCAAUCCUCACGGCCAAAUUUAGCGAUUGGAAACGCGAGGUUUUGCUUGAAACUGCGUCAAACAUCAUCAGGACAGGGUCCAGGAAAUCUCGAGUAACAAUCCAGGAAGUCAGGAUCACUGCCGCAUGCUUCCUUUAAACACGUGUCGCAUCAAAACUACGCGUUUAAGCGAGUAGGGACGAUGAUGGUGAUCGCGAUGAUUGAUGUUGCUGUUGUGCUGGGCGUGAUGGAUCGCAACAGCGACGAAAAAUCAGUCGUAUGAAUAAUGAUAUUGUGAUGAUGAUUGUCAUGUGAUACUGCUGAGCGUUGCGGGAGAUCGCAUUACGGUCAUUAUGACAACAAUCUCGUGGUUUUCGUACAGUAACCACAUGGGUUUUUGUUGUUGUAGUUGCAGUCGUGGUGACAAUGCUGAUGAACCAGUGUAUACCUCUCGUCGCCGUGGCUUUGACUUCUGCUAGUUCACCCACUACGGUCUUGCCAGCGACUCGGAAAGUAUUUCCGCACUCGGCACACCAUCCAGUAUACCUCUCGUCGCUACGGUUGUGACUAGCAGUCACGUGCCACCUACUCAUCCGGUCUUGCGAGUGACCUAGACAAUGCUCUUUGGUUCUUUCGGUAAAGUCACGUAGGUAUAAAAUAAGAUUAAAUCACGACGUUUCGGGCGCAACACAAGCGUCCAUCAUCAGGUGGGACGACCACAGCAAGAAACAACUGCUCAAGUGGGCGAAACGUCGUGAUUUAAUUUUAUUUUCGACCGAUGUUACUUUACCAAAAGAACCAAAGAGUGGAUCCCUGCAAUCACGAAAACUUCAAAUCUAGAUUGACCUAGACAAUAUUGAGUGAGAUGCCUAGCCCCGGGUGAUGGCGCUAGCGAGUACGUGGUGUCGCGUAACUGUCGUAUCUGCGAUUCGUAAUUGAGUCUUGGGUGCGAGGCCGUGGAAUGAUGUGGCCAGACCGGACGCAGAAAGACUUCUUCACAAUUCUGGCAAAAACCGCCUGAAGAUGGUUGUAGUAGCCUGCGAAACAUCACACUGAAAUUGUGAAUGUUGUGGGUUUGCGCUCCCAUCGCACCGGUGUGCUGAAGUCGGAGCCGUUUGGCAACUUUUAUUCACGUGACAGACCUUACCGAUUGUCUGUCAGGUGCUGGUGGGUUAACGACACAUUUAAGUGAUCUAACCCCAAAAAUCUUGUUUUUUUUUUACACACCUAUAAGCGCCCAGAAAUGUCUGUCCGUCCCGCGCGUGACGUCACUGCAAUAGAGACCCCUCCAUUAAUAUUCAUGCCCGCGUGAAAAUUUACACUAACGCACAAGGUCGCGCACUCCACAUGCCGCACCACUCCCCCCCCCCCCCCAUUAAUAAUGAGCGGGUGACGUCACUGCACAUGGGGCAACCCCCCCCCCCCCACAUUAAUAAUCAUUAAUAUUCAUGCUGAACUAUUUUUCUAUGGAAUGUUUCAGAUUUACUGCAACAACACCCGUCCUUGGGCAAAAAAGUUCUUAAUAAUAUCCAGAAAGUCGGGAUAAAAUACAGGUGACGGUUGAAUUUGUUUGGCCAGGUCAGUGGUGGAGGGUCUUGUGAAAGAUAUUUGGCCAAAUAAUUUAAUUGACCCAACCCAAGAAUCAAUUGUGAAUCGCAUUGACUGCAAUAUCCUACGUGUUAAGUUAUGUACAGUAAGUACGUGUGUUAUGUAUUUUUUUUAUUCGGAAUAAAAGCAAUUUAUAACGCGCACAAUAUUUCACGGACAUCAAUGACCGUGACUCCCGAGGCUCGGUAGCCGACGCCCGUGUCGCUCGAAGGCCCCGGGAGAAGCAGUUGGGGCCUUCUUGGCGUCUCUCGGAGUCGCUGCCGAGUGGACGCCGCCGCCGCUACCGUGAACGUGCGGCAGCAGCGCCGGCGGGACGAUGGCCGCGUUCCAGACUGCGGUGGGGGGACGCUGCCACGGAGGAUCGAUCGUCCUGGGCCUCGGGUGUAACGAGGAGGCGGAGGUUGCGAGUCGCGCUGCUGUAGACUGUUCUUCCGCGAGCUGCGGAGCAGGGGGACGGGAGCAGAGCGACGUGGAGCACGAGCGAGAGUCGAGGCGCAGUGGCGGCACGGACGGCAGGGGACUUCGAAGCCGCCGGCCCUGCUGGCAAUGUCGGGAAGCCAGUGGAGGGAUCGGCUGAUGAGUGGACUGUUGGGGUGCUAGAUUGCGGGAUUUGACGCUGCGGUUGGCGUAGCUGUCACAGGGCAAAGUGGAGCCGAUAAGUAACGCCGAAGAACUUGAUGUGGUCAGAGGAACGGAGAGCGAAGCCAGCAAUUGUUAGUGCGCGAGAAGGGAGCGUGGACGCGGCGGCGGCGGCGGCCAACAUGAGUGGACGAGUAGGCCGUGAACAGCACGGGGCCGAGGAUUGAACCACGAGAGUGACUGGUGCGUGAGAGCUUUGCCUCCGCAGAUUAAGGCUCCACACACCGAGAGAGACCCCAAGCCUUUUCUCAGAGUGGUCGGACAUCGGGGGAGUUGUGGUCCUGGGCGUGAGAGGGGUCAGGGUGAAGCUUGCGGGGAUGCCUCUGGUUUUUCGGCGAUGUGGCAAAGUGUGUUGGUGACGUCCGUGCCCAAGGAGGUUGUGAGCUUCAGCGGUGCGUGUGUGGGGGGGGGUGGUCAUCGUUGCUGCUUCGCGGUAGUCGGAGUAGUUAGCGGUCGUCGUUGUAGCGAUAGCCUAGAAAUACAGCUGUGUCCUACCAAAUCCACUUGCAGGUUCGCGCUGGAACGGCCGGAAAAUAAUGUUUGCAGCCUUUCUAACCUCGCGCCCACGCCGUACGCGCCACUGUCGCUGUUUGACUCUGCGAGGUUUCCGACCCCCGACCGUGUCGUGAGCGUUCGAAGCAGACACGACGAGCGAGUCUGUCGGGAGGACGCUUGUACAAGAAACGCAUCGUUCACAAUAAAGUUCUGCGUACGGUUUUUUUCCCCCC